AUGGGAGACAGUGUUCACUGUGGCCCAGCCCAGGUAAACAGACCAGGGGUGUGUAGUGUUGACUGUGGCCCAGCCCAGGUACCCAGACCAGGGGUGUGCAGUGUUGACUGUGGCCCAGCCCAGCUGGCCCUGGGUCAAGAAGAUGACUCUCCAAGCCCCAAGAGCUCCUCAGCAGACGGGUUGUCCUCUAAGACGGUGGGUCUCCUGGGGAGUCAGACUCCCCUUUCCCCCCUGAGUCGCUGGAUGCUCCAGAGUAAAAGUCGGGCAGCCAAUGCCACCUCCCUGGAGCUGCCCUACCGCUCACCCAUUCCCUUCUCCAAGCAGGAGUUCUGGGAGAUGCUGGGUAGUGACCUGAUGAAGCCAGACACCUCCUCUUCCUCCCGCGUCAAACGCCGGCCCAUCGUCAAGACGGGCAAGUUCAAGAAGAUGUUUGGCUGGGGAGACUUUUACUCUAAUAUCAAGACGGUGCGUCUCAACCUGCUGAUUACCGGCAAGAUCGUAGACCAUGGCAACGGAACGUUCAGCGUCUACUUCCGCCACAACUCCACGGGCCAGGGCAACAUCUCAGUCAGCCUGGUGCCGCCGGUCAAGGCGGUGGAGUUUGACCUGGAGCGCCAGAGCGUGGUCUACCCCAAGGACUCUAAGAUCUUCAACUGCCGCGUGGACUAUGAGAAGGUGGACCGCAGCAAGCGCACGUCGCUGUGCAACUACGACCCGUCCAAGACCUGCUUCCAGGAGCAGACACAGAGCCAUGUCUCCUGGAUCUGUUCCAAGCCCUUCAAGGUCAUCUGUAUCUACAUCUCCUUCUACAGUACAGACUACCGCCUGGUCCAGAAGGUCUGCCCGGACUACAACUACCACAACGAGAUGCCCUACCUGCCCUCGGGCUAG